CUCCCCCUCCUCCUCCUGUUUGGUGACAGGGUCUGAGAACCUGCUGCUGGUUGUUUUCCAGCCUGACUGGAGGAGUUACCGAAGCUCCUGCAGACAUUUUAUCCUCUCCGGAGCCUCCUGCAUGACCUCCUCAUCUGCCUCCUCAUCUGCCUCCUCAUCUGCUUCAGUGUAUCCGCGGUGUGGUCCUCUGGUAACAGGCGGAGGGGAAAGCGCGUUUUAUCGCUGCCGGAGCCGGAGCCGAGGUGCGCGGAGGACUACCUGUUAGCUUCCCCCCGGGCAGGUGUGGAGGUUCAUCUGAAAUCAGCCCUGCUGCGGGUUUGAUUCCCGCUGACCUACUUUUUGUCCAAGUUGGGAGUGGAAACAUUGCGGUGUGCUCUGCGUUUGAAGACGAUGAAAAGAGAUGUGGAAGCAGUGCUGACUCGGAGAGGAGAGCUUCAGUAAAUAAUAAAAAAAUAAAAACGGCAGAAGGAGAGAAGGGGGAAGAAGAGCCAGUGAUGACCGCCUGUCCUCACCUGGACCCCGGGCUGCUGCUGCUGCUGGCCUGCUGCUGCCAAACACCAGGCAUGGUCGGAGGAACUGUGCCCGCGGCGCCCGUGAACGUCUCAGUGACCCAGCUAAGGGCACACUCUGCCAUGGUGACCUGGAAUGUUCCUCAGGGUGACACAGUCAUCGGUUACGCCAUCUCUCAGCAGAGGCAGGACGGUCUCAUGCAGCGCUCCAUCCGAGAGGUGAACACAUCCAGCCGCUGGUGUGUGCUGUGGGACCUGGACGAGGACACACACUACAGCGUCCAGGUGCAGUCUGUGGGGCUUCAUGGUGACAGCCAGCCCAGCCGUUCAGUCCACUUCAGAACUCUGGAAAGAACCGACCAUUAUCCAGCUGGAAUCCUGGACCACCAUGAGCCAGCGAUGGAGGGUCUGGGUAUGACUCCACAUCUUCAGACCGGAGAGCUGCUCAUCAUCACCACGGUGCUGCUGCUGUGGGCAGCCGUCAUCGCCCUCUUCUGCCGGCAGUACGACAUCAUCAAAGACAACGACUCCAACGGCACCAAGGAGAAAGCCAAGAGGCCGCUGGUCCGAGCCACCGCCUCCUACUACAACGCCUCAGCCAGCAGCUCGCCGCUCUACCACAACGGUGCGGUGCGCAGCAGCCGGCUGCACCGAGCCUCGUCCUCCAUCAGCAUCAUCAGAGUCUGAUCCAAGUCUCCGAGCUCAGGAUGAGUUUCAGGUGGAGUCGGGGGGAUUGGGGGUGGUGGUGGGGGAUGUUUAUGGACCUGCAGCUGUUCCCGAGACUCUAAUCUGUUGUAAAAUAUGAGUGAAGUCGGAGGAGCUCAGCGUGAAUCAGAUUCAGGAGACGGUGGCUGGAUGCUGCCCUCUGCUGGAGGAAACUGGAACUGAUUACCUCUAUGAUGUCAAAGACUGAUUUCAAUAUUUUCCAGCAUGUUUUGACUCCUGAUCGCCUCAAAUACAUUCUCUUUCAUCCAGAUGACAUUUCUUUACAUUUCUUCAACUGAAAUCCUACAUUUUAAGCCAUUUUUUAAGGUCAAUUCUCAUUACUUUCUGCUGUUGGUCAAUCAUUGUGACUAGAAAUCGUAGAUAAAUCCAAAGUAUUUGUGGUGAGGUUUAUGUGUAUUUUAGGUAAAAGUCUUUAAACAUACGACGAGGUGGAUUUUCACUGUAAAUAUUUUCAUAAAUUGUUUAAUUAAAUCAAGUUUUAUCAUUGG